AUGGAGAAGUCGAACAGUGAACACUAUCACAUUGAGAGACCACACUCCGAUGUGCAGGGGAUGGAGUCCGGAGACUCCCACUUCUACAUAGAAGAGCGCCUUGCUCAUCUAUCGGAAGACCAUCGCCAAUACCUCCUUGCCCGACAUGGCACCCUGGAUCUGGACCCCAUCCCAGAUAUGAACGAUGCAGAUCCUUACAAUUGGCCACGAUGGAGGAAAACCCUCAACCUCUCCCUUGUUGCCUUCCACGCCAUGAUGGCCACGUUCACAGCCGCCGCCAUCCAAUCUGCAUUCGAAGAUAUAUCCGAAGAUCUGGGAGUAAGCAUGCAACGGACCAGUUACCUGGUAUCUCUGUUCAUUGCUGUGCUCGGCGGCGCACCGCUAUUAUGGCGCCCCUUGUGCAAUCGCUAUGGUCGCCGACCGAUCUUCUUGAUCUCGUUAAUCUGCAGCUUGGUCGGUAAUAUCGGCUGUGCUAAUAGCUUCUCUUAUGCGACCAUGGGGUUGUGUCGCGCCAUCACCUCGUUCUUUAUUAGUCCUGCCGCGGCUAUCGGCAGUGCUGUUGUUGCGGAAACGUUUUUUCGCAAAGACCGAGCUCGUUGUAUGGGCGUGUGGACACUUAUGGUUACUCUUGGAGUGCCUGCUGCUCCAUUCAUUUUUGGUUUCGUUGCACUGCGCGUCGGAUACCGAUGGAUUUACUACACCCUUGCGAUUGUCAAUGCAGUUCAGUUUAUCCUUUACUUCUUCCUCGGCUCGGAGUCCCUCUACCUCCGAACCCACGCCUCUAGCAACGACUCGAGCACGAAACAAAGUCUUUUCAAAUUUGGUCGAAUUAAUCCAGCCCCUCUCAAGCUUCAAGACUUUAUUCACCCUCUUAUCUAUGCAUCCAAGCCUUGCGUUGUCAUCCCUGCAGCUGCAUAUGCCAUGAUCUUCCUCUGGGGCAGCGUAGUGCCGACCAUCGAGAUUCCCCAAGUCUACCCCGAGAAAUUCGGACUCAAUACCCAACAGGUCGGUCUCCAAUUCCUGGGAAUAAUAGUUGGAUCAGUGAUCGGUGAGCAGAUCGGCGGUCUCAUAUCUGAUCGAUGGAUGAUGAUGCGCCAGAAGCGUACGGGUGAGCCUCCGGCCCCAGAAUACCGCCUCUGGCUCAGCUAUAUCGGCCAUUCUAUGACUAUCUGCGGUAUUGUGGUUUUCGCGAUUCGAUUACGUGACUCGGGGAAAACAUGGGACAUCACCCCUGUUAUAGGAUCAGCGAUUGGGGCGGCAGGGAAUCAGAUUGUGACGACUGUCGACAUCACAUAUGCUGUUGAUUGCUACCGGGAGGAUGCAGCCAGUGUGGGUGUUUUUAUUACGUUUGUUCGUCAGAUGUGGGGAUUUAUUGGUCCAUUUUGGUAUGUGAUGUCUGCAUCGUGCGUGCUACACUAG